AUUGGUAUUUAAUGUUGUACAAUGUCAACUGUGUGGUCUACCAUGGUCGACUAUGCGAAAUGAUUAAAGUUGACACGAAACUUAUUGGGAAUGGUGAGAAUAAUUAAUCAUUAAUUUAUUAAACAAAAUUUUAAUAAUUAUUCUUCAUAUUUGAAGUUCGUUUUUUUUCCUUCUUUAAUUAAUCGAUAAAUUUAUAAACUCUUUGUAAAAAUAUUUUUACAAAUAAGAAAAAAUUGUGAAAAAAUAAAAAAUUAAUCGGUAUGGAAAGAAAUGAACAAAAAUAUGAGAAUGAGACGACUGAACAACCAGUGGAUUAUAGUAAAAAGUAUAAUGAAAGGAAAGCAGUAAUUGAAAAUCAUUCAAUUGAGCACUGUUCUCGAACUGAUCGACCUUGUAAAAAAGAAUUUGGAGAACGUGAUUCCAAAGUAGAUUUAUUUGGAGAUUAUGCUGAAACUGAUCUUGAUCAGCCAACAGAUUAUAGUUUACGAUAUGCCGAGGAUGAUACUGACGAUGACGAAAAACAGAGUGCUGAAUACUUUCCAGGAAGUGUACAAGAAGAUACUGUAAAAACAUAUUGUACUGAAGGAACUCCAUAUGAAACACCUUUUAAUUUUUCAACUGCAACUUCUAUGUCUGAUUUGCGCCUUGAAGAUACAAAAGAAUCUGUUGAUUCACAGAAGAAGCUUAAUAAAAAAGUUCUUGAACUUAGUCUCAAAGAAGAUUCAAAUUAUGAACAUACAUUGACAAUCAAUUGUAGUGAAGAACAUUCACUUCUUGUUGAAAAGGAAUUAGAAGUUUCUAAGACCAUUUCUGAACCAUGUAAAUCUACUUGUCUUUCUUCUGAAAAAUUGCUUAAUUAUUACCAAACAGGAACAUCUAAUGGCUUAUCUCGUGCUAAUUCUCUAAGUUCACUUGGUAGUGCAAUAACACAAAGGAAUAAUGUUACUGGGAUUUCUAAAGUAUCUUCUACAGAUCCUUCUGACAAAGCUGAUAAUAUAUCAGAAAUUUCAGAAAGAGCAGAUCAUACUACAACUAGUACUAAUAUUAAUAUAUUACGUAUUCCUGAUGAAAGUGAUAGCUCUGUAGAAGGAAAAAAUAAUUCUAGAGUUGUAGAUAAAGAAGGAAAAAUGGUUACAUUCAGUAGACAAGAUUAUUAUGCAGAACAAACUCCUUUAAUGUUUUCUCGUUGUAGUUCUCUGGGUUCAUUAAGUGGAUUUGAACAACAUUCUAUACAUGAUGAUCGUAGUUCCAUUCAUAGUGAUUUCAGCCGAAGAACUAGUGGGAUUGUAUCUCCGAGUGAAUUACCAGAUUCACCUACACAAACUAUCCCUCCAAGUCCUCAUAAUCAUAAAAAUCAAUGUGCAGAUUUUAUAACCAAAAUACCAGAAGAAGCAGUAAGACCAUCGGUUCGACAUUUAUCAUUUUCAAAAUGUCACGCACCAAGAACCAGUGUUUUUGAGGAUGAUAUUGCCACAUUUAAAGAGGAAUCAACUCCUAUUGAAUUUUCUACAGCUACUAGUCUCAGUUCUUUAACUAUCGACGAUGAAAUGAAAAUAACGAAUAUUUCCAAACCUCAGAAUGAACUAAAAGAAUUAUUGAAUGAGUUAGAUAAAAAUAACAAAUUAGAUUCUUUGGAAGAAAAAAUUAGUAAUGGAGAAGUUGAAAAAGAUCAGGAGCAAGUGAGCGAUGGUGACGAGGAUGAUGAAGAUUUGUUGGCUGCAUGUAUUAGUAUGGGAAUACAAAAUAAUAGAUAUAGACAAUCAUUCAAAACGUCUACAAGUCAAAAAUCAUUACAAUCGGAAUCAUCGAACAUUUUAGUACGCUGUCAAAGAACGCCAAUUUCAAAUAGAUUGGAAUCUUCAGUUCCCAUCACUGUUACUUCUGUGGAUGUUCCAGUGACAGUUUCAAAAGUUAAUAAAUCUGCAAUAGAGGUUGUUGCUGCUUCAGAUACAGUACAUGUUUAUUGUACGGAAGAUACACCUGCCGAUAUUUCUCCAGUAGGAUCGCAAUCAAAUCUUUCAGCGUUGUCUAUGCCAAGUUAUGAUCAUCAUUCACAUUUUCCUCCAUAUUCUUCAUUUCCUUUAAAUGAUAUUUACUUUUGGGCAUCUCAAAGCUAAUGUAAAAUUUUAAUAGAGUCCAUAAUAAUUUAAGAAAACCUUUUUUGCUAAAAGAAUUUAUCGAAUUCUUUCUAAAAAACAUCACAUUUGAAUUUGUGAUGUUUCAAAAAAAUUUAUCAUUAUCAUUAACUAUUCCAUUUAAAUUUGAAUUAUUGAAAAUAUUUUCAUUUAUAUUAUUACGUUCGUGUUGAUGAAAAUUUUCUUAUGUAUGAUAUUGAUAAAAGAUUUGUUUUUUAACAUUAUACAUAUAUCAAAGAAUUAUAACUUUUCUAAAAAAAAAUUUUCUUUUACAUAAAUGAAAUGUUUAAAAGAAAGAUAUUUCUUAUUUCUUUUUAGUUUCGUUUAUUUAUAUACAUCGAUUGUUGUUAAAAAACGUAUUUAAAUGGUUAUCUACGAUUUUUCAGAAGUAGAUUGUUGUAUUUCUAAAAAUAAGAGAUUUAUUCUAAUCUCUUCGGUAAAGAAUUAAUUGAUUUUUUAGUUUGUAUAAUUUAAUUUGAUAUAUUUUUAUAAUUUACUUCUCAUAAUGUAUUUAGUACUACUUUUGCCGCAGUAUGUGAUAUCUUCUUUUUAUGAAAUAAAAAAGAGACAUAUGUAUUUCAUACAUAAAAGUAAAUAACAAUUGUAGUUCUGAAUGAUAUUUGUGGCUGAUUAAAAUAACUUUUUAAAAUAAGAUUUAAAAUAACUGAUUAAACUUAAUUAGUUUUUAUAGGGCAGAUGCAAAAUAUGAAAUUAUAGCUUUGACAAUUCAUGCAUUCAUAAAAUACAAAUUGUCAUGUAUAUAUAUAAAUAUUCGGCAUUAUUAAAUGUUGCGUUCGGUAAUUAGUAUAAUAAUUUUAUGACAUUCAAAUAACAAUUAAUAAGAAUAACAAUAACAAUUAAUAAUAAUUAAAUGAAUUCAUUACAUCUCAAUGACUUUGAAAAAAAUAAAAAUAAAACCAUUAGUGAUUACUUCAAUUUAAAAUGCAUUAAAUAUUACAAUAAUGAUCUGUUAAAUUUUAAGUUUUAGUAGACAGUAUUAAAAUUUCCAGGGUAGUGUUUUUUAUUUUUAAAAUUGAUUGAAUUUACUUCAAAAAGAGUGAGAAAAUAUAUAAUAACAGAGUAACAGAAUAGAUAUAAUACUUUGAAGAUUGUUGUAUUUCUAAAAAUAAGAAAAUCUUUGACCGUUUUUUGAAAAACGGCAGGCAAAACUUAAUAUUUCGAAGAAAUGCCGCAAUAGAAAAAAAUAAUCAUGCAAAAAAAAAAUUUAUUUUUUGUAAUUUUCAUCUUAUUAUUAUGAAAAAUAACAAUAGAUUGUUCAUUAGUAAAGUUAUUUUUUCUAAUUAUAUGUAUUCUCUUUCUUUACUAUUAUCAAUCAUUGAAUCAUUUAAAAUUUAAUCGAGUAUUAUUGAAUUUUCUGUUUGCCAUAAGAUGAUUACUAUAAUUAACAAAUAUAUUUUGAUCAACAUCUCUAAUUAAUAGUUGACAAUAUUUAUAACAAAUGUAUGAAUAGUCGAACUUGAAAUUUCAUAUUUCGAAUUUAUCUAUUUUCUUGGCAAUCAAGGUAUUAGAUACUCGAUAGAGUAUCAAUGUUUUUCGAAAUAAUAUUUCGAAUAAGUUUUAUUGUAUGGCCUAGCUUAGGUGCUUUUUUUAAUUGCUGGUAUGAAAUUAACGGUUAAAAGGUAUAUUUAUGGGUUAACUGAUUCGGUAAAAUAAAUAUGUAUAUUUCAUAUUUGCGAUUAAAAGUAUUAAUUGUUAUAUUGUCAUAGCAUCAACGUUUAAUAAAGUUUGUAACUUUGUUGUAAAAA